GCGGUAAACGGGCACACUGUCGCGGUAAGCAUUUUGUAUUUUUAAUAUUAGGUUAAACAGCUCACAAUGCAAGCGAUCUGGCUGGGAAUGCCUGGGUUGGUCCUGCUCCCUCUCAUCGCAGCACUUCUGCUGGGCAUCCAGGAUGCGGAGGCCUACGACAAGGAGAUGACCGUCUAUGUGGACGCCGGCAAAACGGAGUGCCUUUACCACUCGGUGCGUCAGGGCGAGACCAUCGACUUUGAGUACCAAGUCAUCGAUGGCGGGCACGGUGACCUGGACAUCAGCUUCACUUUGCUGGAUCCCAUUGGAUUGGUGAUAGUUAGUGACUUCAAGAAACCGGAGAAUGUGCAUCGCCACGAGGUGGCCAAGGAGGGCGACUAUCGGUUCUGCUUCGACAACAGUUUCAGCAUGUUUAACCGCAAGACGGUGUUCUUCGAGCUGAUUGUGGAGCGCGAGGGCGAGGAGCUACAGGGUGACACGCAGUGGAACGAGGUGGAUGAGCUUACGGGGCUUUCGCGGGACGAGUAUUACGAUAUGAAGGUGCAGGACAUCAUGGACUUCAUUGGACGCAUUCGUCUGCAGCUCAACAAGGCCCGCCAGUUGCAGGAUGUCCUGCGAUCGCACGAGGCACGCGAUCGCAAUCUGGCCGAGUCCAAUUUCCAGAAGGUCAACCACUGGUCUAUGCUGCAGAUCAGCGCCAUGAUCGGGGUUGGCCUCAUCCAGGUGUUCAUGCUGCGCAGCAUCUUUGCCACCGGCGGACGCAUGCAUAAUCUGUGGCGCAAAUUGGGCAUUUGAUGGGUCGGUCCUGUGUCUGGUGCCGAGGAGAAGCCUCUACCAAAGAUUUGCGUGCCGGAGCAACGAGGAUGCAUUUAUUGAAUGAGUAAAAGCCAUCCGGCAGCUGGAUCCUCCCCCACUAGUUAGAAUGUAAUUUAUAAAACAAACCACUUGCCAUCAUCAGUAGUUCGUUAGUUUCCAUACAUAUGCAUAUAUAUAUCAUAUAUUAGUCAGGAGAUAUAGUAUUCCGUAUAUAUUUAUAGAUAUGCGGGUGUGUGCUUGUGAUAUACGGGGUGUGUUGUGUGUGCGCGCAUGUUCGUUGCAUUGUUAAACGAAAGCAAUUGUACGAUUAAGCCAGGAGAUGAGUUUGAUAUUAAGCUUAAAAUUGCAGAAACCAGUGAAUAAAAGGUGUUUUACUGCCUA